AUCCACUCUCCAGUGGCCUGGGCAACCGACACCUCCUCGCCAGCGUUUUCCUGCGCCACCGCCUGUGUCUUUUCCGCGUCUUGUGUAUCCUCUAUUUUGAUGCGCGCCGACGCUUGGACGGCAGGAGUACAGCAGGAGCAAAGCAGCGAAAAGAACGGCAAGAGCGGUCGAGCAGCAAGGAAGCGAGCCAGCUGAGGAAUCGCGUUCAUCACACCCGCGUACGUCGGAUCAGCAAACCCAACCGCUUCUUCGCACGCAUUUCAAACGUCCUGACUACGCCAGUUUUUCGGACGAGGAAUUCAAUGCAGCUAGAAGGAUAAUGCUAUGGGGCUCGAUGACACGCUUGUAUGGUAUCAGAAAAAGAUUGGUGCCUAUGACAAGGAUAUAUGGGGUAGGAACCUAGAACAGCGCAUUCUUAGGGGUGUCAGUGCCAUACCGAAGAAAACAGCCAGAAUCAGAGCCGAGCUCAUCGACAUUGACUUAGUCCGCGGCUCCACAUUUAAGAAGUCGAAGCCACAAAACAGUUGGCUUGCCCUAGCUACCAAUGGAGUUGUCAGGGUGCUGUUGUUUCCACUGUAUUUCAGCUGGUGGCAGCAGCAGACGAGUCGGGGCAUCUGCAUCUUUCUCCUCGUGCUCUACUUACUGCAGUUGGGAUCCCUCAUCCUGCACUCAUCGCAAGAUGACACUGUUAUCUCGGAGAACACCAUAACGGGGGUGCUGACUCCCAUAGCCAUGAUGCUUGUGCUGGGGAUCAUGCAUGCUCAAGUUGUCGCCACUUACACCACCAAUGGACAGCUCAAGCCCAUUAGAGGAACUAAGAGCAAAAGACCCAAGAGGAAGACGAGGUCGAGGUGCGGGUAUGACGGGAAGUCCUCACCCGGCACGGCCUCAGAGGAGAAGACGGAGAGCGUCUGGUCUGAGUUCCAGGCCACGCGCAACUCGGGAGGUGGCUCGGCCACCGAGAAGGCAACAGUCCGGCGCAGGGCCAAGCCGGAACGGAGCCUGGGCCGGAACCGCCAGCGCACGCAGGCCGGCGAGCUUCCCGUGCAGCCGGAUCAACUCAAUCUCGGACCGUUCCAGCACCGUCGAGCAGGCGGCAAGAACUCGGACGAGGAGAGCGGCCUGGAGAGCUUGUCAAACCACAAUGGGCCCGAGGACCUCUGCCUGGCCCAGGAGGUCCAGGACAAGCUGGAGAGCUUCCUCGGAGCCUCAGCCACAGGCCAGGACCCCGGCAGGGAUGCCUCUGCACUGCCACCGGCCGCCGAGAGGGAACCCAGCUCGGACGACGAGGAGUUCUUCGUGGCCAGGAAGCAGCGGUCCCGCAGCCACGACGUUUGCUGCAACGACAACGUCCUGUUUGACGAAUGGCGCACCACGGCGUCGACGCACGCGAGCCCGCACCGUCCGGGGAGCAACGAGUGUCGCGGCGGACGCGCGGACGCCAGCAGCGCGGAGGACGAAGAAGAGGAUGAGGAGGACAAGGAGAGGCCCCAAAGGAGGCGCUCCUCCCCGCCAGACCUGCCUCCCAAGCCCAGCGUCGCGCCAAGCCUCCACGCUCGGCGGAGGGCAGGAAGCUUCUUUGCCACGCUGCCCACCAUCCGACGCUGCGAGUACAACAGCUCGUGCGAGUCAGACAAGGACACCACCGUGCCCAACACGCCAGUCAAGCCUCCGGCCUCUGACAUAGAGUGGCCACUCCUCUCUAACACUGAUUGCAACGGGUACACUUCGAGUUCGGAGGGACUGGACGAGGACGAGGAAGACGUCCCCCAGGACCCCUUCAGCUUUGACGCAGCCGAGAACUCUGGACCACUUGCGGGAGGCCAGACAAGCUUGGAUAAAGCGAGAAGACCGAGUCGUUCUAACAUGUCUGUGAUUUGCCGCACGCAACUGCCUCCAGUGAGCUGCACCAUCUGGGAGAACGGGGAGUGCAAGAAAGUGGACCUGUCUGUCAUGGACAUUGCGUCGGCCAUCAUCCACAAGGUGGACUGCAUGAUCCACAGCACGGAGUAUGUCCUGCUCGGCCUGUUGCUGACGGCCGUGACGUCCACGCUACCCCUGCUGUUCCGGCUGCAGAGCUCCUCAGCCCUGGACGGCAUUCAGCUGGACGCCGACGCGCCGGUGCUGGGACUUCCCCGGGAGGUGCGCCGAAUCCCCGAAGUCAUCCAGGACGCGCUGUGCCAGUCGAGCUGGAGCGUUUCAUCGACACUCCUGACCAUCUGCCUGGUGGAGCGUUUCUCGCUGGGAGCCAUGUUUUUCUUCCUGCUGUCAGUCGCUGAGAGGACCUUCAAGCAGAGGUUCCUCUACGCCAAGUACUUCUGCCACCUUACUUCAGCAAGGAGAGCCCUACGCUCGGACCUUCCACACUUCCGGCUAAACAAAGUGCGGAACAUCAAGACCUGGCUGUCCGUGCGGUCCUACCUCAAGAAACAUGGUCCUCAGAGAUCGGUGGAUGUGAUCGUGUCCACCGCCUUCAUCAUUGGAGUCUGCAUUCUCUCCUUCCUAUGUGUCCAGUGGCUAAAGGAAAAUGAGCAGUUUGCGGAGCGCCUCUACUGCUGGGAGAUGGUGUGCUGGAGCAUGGCCCUGGGGAUCUUCCUCAUGCGCUUCAUGAUCCUCGGCUCCAAGAUCAACAAGAAGUACCGAAACCUGUCGGUCCUCAUCACCGAACAGAUCAACCUGUAUCUACAUAUGGAGCAGAAGCCACACAAGAAAGAGGAACUGAUGCUUGCCAACAAUGUGCUUAAAUUGGCUGCAGACUUGCUCAAGGAACUUGAGAGUCCGUUCAAGAUAUCUGGUCUGUGUGCCAACCCAUACUUGUACAACAUCACCAAGGUCGUCUGCCUCUCGGCGUUUUCGGCCGCACUCACUGAGCUCUUUGGAUUCAAGCUCAAGCUGCACAAAAUCAAAAUCAAGUGAUGCCGGGUCCCUCCCCUGUAUCCGCUCAGGAACGGGUAGUGGAGCAAAAUCAGUACCAGAACAUGUGGCACUUCGUAGAAACAUUUCUUCUUUUUCCUUCCUCUUCCUCCUCCUCCUUUUUCCUCGAUCUCCCUCUUUCGUUGCUGCCAUUUUCUUUUCUUGUUUUUUCCAUCCUUCUUUCAUUGACAUGAAGUGGUCAUUGGGAGCGUCUGUCCUUCGCUCUCGUCUUCCGAGGUUUUAGCGGUAUUACAUCAUCCCUGCCUUGCGCGAUUUUAUCGAAGAGAUCUGUGUUUGCAUAAAGAAUCUGUUUUUUUUUUAAUGUACACUUUUUUGUUUUGUUUUUAAGAAUGUCUUCUCAUGAUGCGUUUUGUGUGUCUGCGUGAGCUUGGGUUGUGAGUAGGAACUUAAGGAGAGCGUUGCGGAGGAGCUCUUUGACUUAACUUGCAGGGUUUGUUGGAAGUUCGAGUUUUCGAACUGAAAAUAAAGAAUGUUUGGUUUGAGCUUGAA